AUGGGAGCGACCGCGGGCUCCCUGCAACGAUCUCGUACGCCCGAGUACUCUGCCCAGGGAAGCCAGGAACUGAGAUUCUCGUCGGCCUGCCGUGCCGGUCCUACCCGACGACGUCAGGGACACGCUACUGACACAGCAGACGACGUCAACCGAGACCGCGUCGCUCCGUGCCCAGUUGCCACGAACAGAUCAACCUCGACCUGA